UUAUAUAUAAGUGAGGUGUCAAAUGAAAUGAUGCACAUUAGUUUUAUUGUAUAUUUGUUUCUAUUGCUAUUUGCUGUCUUACAACAUAUAUCAUCAAUAGGCAAGCUAUGCUGUUCUCCAACAGCUCUUGUUUGAGUUGAAGUAAACUGAUCAGCGACAUUUAUGUAUACAUGCAAACAUGUCCAUUUUUGUAUGUGCAAGAUCAGUGAGUCCUGAGCUUUACCAUUGGUGUAAACUGUCUUGUCAACUUGGUGUUUAGAGUCUGUACCAAGGUUUCCCAAAGAAGUCACCUUAUACUAUUGGAAACUUUGCUCCGAAAUGGCCCGAACUAACCAAGAAACUCCAGGGUCUGCCAGGACCAAGGCCUUGACUAAAGAGGCAAAUGGCUCCACUCCUCGUAGGGCCCGAACUCCAGACUCCAACAGCUUUGGCUAUCUCAGACAGAGGCUAGAAAGAAAAAGUGUUACUAGAAAUCCCAUUCAAAAGUUGGGAGAAGAUGAUAGUUUCCAAGCAAAGACAAGUCCUACUCUAGAAAGGUUAAGAAUGACACCUGGCAGAGUGUUCAAAGAUCGUCAGACCUUGAUAAUGAAGCAUGCUGAAGCAAAGGACAAGGUGGACAGUAUUGGUGUAGGAGGGGGCGUGGCUAUGUGGCCAGAGAUGGAGAGGAUGAGACUAUCUCGAGGGGAUACCAUACAGAUUGUUGUUGUUGUUGUCACACUGUGCAGUACUGUGACUGGCAUUUUUAAUUAUCUACAUGGUGCUGUGAUAUCUAGGUUAUUGUUUUAUUAUGGGAAGCUGAAGACACAUCAUCCCUCCCACCCUGUUACUAUGACAACACAAAAAGGGUUCAACACCAGCCUCAUUAGCUGGCAUCAGGACUUCAGCCAGUUACUGAAAGACCUCCACCACAGCUUUGACCAGAGCAGUGUACCCCUUACCUAUCCUGUGUACAUAUGCUGCUACACAGCAGGGCUUGGGACUCUGGUGUACUAUCUCUAUGAUAGUAUGUUUGCCAAAAAUAAACUCUCACCAAAAAGGAUAAAGAAAUGGGUGUGCUUGUUGACUGUGAUCGGGACAUGGACACUGGCCUUGGCUGGCCUGCUGGUGUGUGCCUACCUGGUGGAGACAACCAUUCAGAUCAACAUCCACCUCCUUGGGGAAGUAUUGGGAGAGGCUGUAACCACUGACCUUGACCUCACAACACUUGGGCAUAUGCUGGAUUACUGGAAGAUGCGAUGCCUGCCUCCGACGACGGAAGGGAUGCUGACCAUCUUAGGGAUUGUGGCGGUCAAGGACGUUAUGUAUUACCUGCAGUACUACAGUUUACCUAUUAUCACCAUCCUCUUGACACCUGUGUUUAAACUCAUUAUGUCCCUGUACACCAUAUAUAACAUUAAAAGACACUGACCCUUAUCAGAUCUAUAGCUUUUAUAUGUACCUGUAUAUAUACAUACAUAUAUCGGUGUAUGAUACCGUUAACACCUGUAACAGUACUAAGGCAUACCUGUAUACAUAUACUUUUACCUGUGUACAAUAUGGUUCACCCUUGUUCACCCUUGGAUAAUAUAUCUUUAUGUGAUUUGGUUUCAUACCUAUAUCAGUUCUUUUACUUCUUCAAUAUAAUUACAACUUUUCAAUUGUAAGUGCUUGCAUAUCGUCCUCCAUAUUUUUCAAUGUGAAGUGUUUGUAUCUGAUCCCCAUGUUUUGAAAAUGGUGCUGCUUGUUGAAUAUAUAUUAAAAGUGUAAAAACAAAUUUUUCAAUGAAGGUUUUAUAUUAAACCUUUUGUAAAAGGGUGCUAUUCACAAGUGCUAGUGAUGGUUCUUUUAUUCUUCUAUUCUUUCUCUCAGGGCAGCCCUCAAUUUGUGUUUAAUGUUUGUAUUUGAAAUGAAAUGAAAAUGAAAUAGCAAUAGGUGGGACAACAUCGGUAAGCUUAAAGUUGUCGAUGUUCCUAAAAAACUGUCCUUUAUAUAAUAAUAAUUUGAGGUUCUUAUAUACUGCUUUAUCACAAACUAGUUUGUAGGUUGUCUCAAA